AUGAGAACGAGUAAAUCUGCAUUAAAGAGUCAGUUGAAGUGCUUUAGGGAAGCUGCGAAUAAACGAUUUCGUGAGAAAUAUUCGAACGUGAUACGCGAUGGUGAGGAGGACGUGUUCUUGACUCCCGAAGAAGAAACGACAUUGAGGAAUAUUGUCACUGAAACUGGUAUAAGAUUCGCAGAAGACUUUCGACCGGCAAUGUGGUUGUCUGUAAGAUGGACUGCAUUCGCCUACUUUAAACGUUUCUUCUUGCAUAACUCCACUAUGGAAUAUUCACCGAAAAGUGUCAUGAUGGCUUGUUUCUACUUGGCCGCGAAGGUGGAUGAAUUCAAUCUCUCAAUACAAGAUUUUAUCAAGAAUUUAAGGUCGGGUACAGCGAAGACGAAUGCUGAGACGAUAUUAUCGUUAGAGCCGGAAAUAAUGUCAAAGUUGAAUUAUCAUCUAACGGUGCAUGCGCCUUUCCGACCGUUCGAAGGGCAUUUAAUCGAUAUGAAGACGCACUCUUUGCUUGGCUUCGAUCUGGAACAAGUUCGACCGCAUUCAAGUGACUUCUUCAAGAAAGCUUUACUGAGUGAUGUGAUGCUUUUAUAUCCGCCAUCACAAAUUGCGUUGGCAGCACUGAAAUAUGCACUGCAAAGGCUUGAUAAAUCGGAUGAUUUGUUGAAAGAUCAAUUUUUGUACAAAUUGUUGAAUAUCGAUACAUGGCAGCCACAAAAUAAUGAUGUUAUAAUAUGUGAGAAAUUAAUAUCACGACUUGAUGAGAUCAUCGCAUUUGUACUAGCCAAUUGUGAACCUGUUAGUAAGGAAGCGAACGCAGCAUUACAGAGUAAAAUGCAGCAAUGGGUUAGUGCAUUGCCGGAUCUUGAGAGAAGGCUGAAUGAAGCGUCCACUGUGGGAUCGAAUGAAAAUUCGAAUACAAAUUCGGCGUUCAAUUCGGAUGAUGACGAUUAA